AUGGCCGACGAGUUUCGGUUCGAUCGGGCCGAGAACCUCUGGCAACAGGCUAGUCGUCCAAGAACCGGUGCCCUCAACGUCAAUGCAGCCAACCAAGCCGCCGUCGUUCAGCCGGAACCAGAAAACCAACAUGCCGGCGCCGUUCUAGGCAACUUUCCUCCGCCUCCGCCUGGCCCAGCGCCUCCGGCCCCACUUCUGAACUCAAUACAGCAAAUGGAUGCAGCAAUGGGCGUGCAAAGGCGACGUCGAAGUGUGGCGGUUGAAGCUGGAGACUUCCCACGAUCUUCAGGCGAAGUGUGGAAUCCCGGGGACGAUGAUUUACAGGUCCCAAGUUUGGUUUCUUGA